CUCAGCGCGCUGCGCCCCAGACGCGCUCUCUCCACUCCAGGAUGGACUCGUCCUCCCCGCUGCAUCUGUAGUACAGCAGGACUUCUCAGAGACAGUAUCCCACCCUCUGGCUUUCCAAAUAUAUAUUUAGCCUUUUCAUUUGACAGUUAUCGCACACUCAUCCCCGGGACCGCAGCUCCAAAAAUGGGAAUGUAUUUGCACCUUCUGCUUUUGCAGUACUGUUUCGUCUCCAGUUUGGCGUUCGUGGAGGAGCCGUCCGGCGGGUUCUGCGGGCGGAUCCUGCGGGCUCAGACCCAGGGGACCCGCAGGGAAGGACACCAUGAGUUCAGGCUCCGGGUGGAGGGAGACCCGGAGACCUACCAGCCCGGCAGGGCGUACAGAGUGGUCCUCCUGGCAACCAGCCCUGCUUAUUUCAGAGGUUUCACUCUCAUCUCGCUGAAGGAGGGCAGAGAGGGCACCACAGAUGACGACUACGCCGGCAACUUCCAGAUCAUCGACGAUGACGACACACAGUUCAUGACCAACUGCCCUCCUGCAGUGACGGAAAGCACCCCUCGCCGACGCACCAGGAUACAGGUGUCGUGGACAGCACCGCCCACGGGGUCUGGCUGCGUUAUACUCAAGGCCAGUAUUGUCCAAAAGAGAAUCAUCUAUUUCCAGGAUGAAGGUUCUCUUACCAUUCGGCUGUGUGAGAAAGAGCGUCUGUUAGGUGAAGCCACAGAAACACCUGCCAUGGAGUGUUGCGCCUGUGGGACUGCCAAGUACAGACUCACCUUCUACGGCAACUGGUCAGAAAAAGUACAUCCCAAAGACUAUCCAAGAAGAGCAAACCACUGGUCAGCUUUGAUUGGUGCUUCCCACUCCAGGAACUAUGUGCUGUGGGAAUAUGGCGGCUAUGCCAGUGAAGGAGUUCGUCAGGUGGCCGAGCUUGGCUCCCCCAUCAAGAUGGAGGGAGAGAUUCGACAGAAGGGAGAUGACGUACUGACCGUAAUUAAAACGAAGGCUCAGUGGCCGGCGUGGCAGCCGCUCAACAUGCGAGCAGCCCCAUCAGCAGAGUUUUCUGUGGAUAGGACCCGUCACCUCAUGUCCUUCCUCUCGAUGCUUGGGCCCAGCCCAGACUGGAACGUGGGGCUGUCCGGGGAGGAUCUGUGUACUAAGGACUGCGGCUGGGUUCAGAAACUGGUCACAGAUCUCAUACCAUGGGAUGCAGGCACAGACGGCGGUGUCACAUAUGAGUCACCGAACAAGCCCACCAUUCCACAGGCGAAAAUUCGACCCCUGACCAGUUUAGACCACCCGCAAAGCCCUUUCUACGACCCAGCAGGGGGCGCUAUCACCCCUUUGGCCAAGGUCCUGGUGGAACGUAUUGCUAGAAAGGGAGAGCAGUGCAACGUUGUGCCGGACACCAUAGACGACAUUGUAGCUGAUAUUGGACAGGAGGAAAAGGAGGAAGAUGACACACCGGAGACGUGCAUCUACUCCGCCUGGUCUCCCUGGUCGGCGUGCAGCAGCGCCACAUGUGAUAAAGGUCGCAGGAUGAGGCAGAGGAUGCUCAAGGCUCAGCUGGACCUCAGUGUGCCGUGUCCCCACACGCAAGAUUUCCAGCCCUGCAUGGGCCCAGGAUGCAGCCUGGAGGAGUCAUCGACAUGCAUGAUGUCGGAGUGGAUCAGCUGGUCGGCCUGCAGCGUCUCCUGUGGGAUGGGGAUGAGGUCUCGAGAGCGAUAUGUCAAACAGUAUCCUGAGGACGGCUCUCUCUGUCAGCUCCAGACCGAGGAGACGGAGAAGUGUGUCGUCAACGACGAAUGCUCACCCAGCAGCUGUGUGGUGACAGAAUGGGGGGAAUGGGACCCCUGCAGCGUCACCUGUGGGAUUGGCAUGAGAAGUCGUGAGCGCAUGGUGAAAAUGCCUCCAAUAGAUGGAUCCAUGUGCAAAACUGAGGUGGCCGAGGUGGAGAAAUGCAUGAUGCCUGAAUGCUACGCCGUCCCCUGCAUGCUGUCGCCCUGGUCGGACUGGAGCGGGUGCAGCGUGACGUGUGGGCUGGGCCUCCGAACACGUCAGAGGAUGCUGAAGUCGGAUCCCGCUGAGUGCAGCGAGGAGCUGGAGCAGACGGAGAAGUGCAUGCUGCCCGAGUGCCCCGUCGACUGCAUGGUCUCAGAGUGGACCGAGUGGUCGGAGUGCAACAAGUCCUGCGGUAAAGGACACAGCAUUCGCACCCGGAUGAUCAAACUGGAGCCACAGUUCGGGGGCAGCGCUUGUCCUGAGACCAUCCAGAGGAAGAAAUGCAAGAUCAGGAAAUGUCGGGCAAAAGCCAAUGAAGACAGAGGAGGAAAGCGGAGGAGACGGGGUAAACUGGGAGUAGUUCCAGUGGUGCAGGAACAGUCGGUAGGUUGCAGGAUGCAGCCGUGGACCAGCUGGACAGACUGCACCAAACCAUGCGGAGGAGGAAUACAGGAGCGUUUCAUGAUGACCAAGAAAAGGGCAAAAGGCAGCUGUAAAGACCGGAAGGAGAUCCGUGCAUGUAACGUUCAUCCCUGCUAGGGGGCGCCACCCCGCUAAACAGAUGAGAGGAAAGGUGCAAUUCCUUUGACUGCAGAUAUGAAGAUGGGGGUCGUUGCUUUUUAUGGAAAGAGAAGUAGGGAAGAGGAUGAGAGGAUUUGUUGUUUCCGCACUUUUGCAGAAAGGACAGGAGUUUUAGUAAAUAAAGGUAAAGGGGUUAUAAAGAUAAAAAUAACGAGAAAAGUAAAGUUUUAGAAGGUUUUUUUGCUUUUUAUUGAGGCCAUUGUAGGCAUGUAGUAAACAGGGCUGACUUUUAUUUUAGACAACAGCGUACAAACUAUUAGAGAACAACAUCUGUGUCUUGCAAAAAAACACCUUUUGAAAUGGCUACAUUUACUGCUACAUUAGUAGCUAACAUGCAUUUUUGACUGAUUUCUGUAUAAUUGUUAUUUUUUUAUGUCAUUAUUCGUUUUCCCUUUGUUUCUUUAGUGUAUGUCAAAAGUCUUUAGAGGAAUCUGAAAAGGUUCACCUCUUUUUUCCUGCCGGGUUCCUCAAAUACUUCUUUUGUGUACAAAAACUAGCAGGCAGUGUCACAAAGUACCACGUUGUAAGUUACGAUUUAGAAAUCAUUGUAAUUGUAAAAUAAUACUCACAGAUAGAUAAUUCAAUUAUGAAAAAAGUGCUUUUUUCCCUUUUUAUUUCAUUAAUAAGGUGAAAAAAACACCAAUAGUACCCUUUAAUCAGGCAUAAUUUCCACUUCCAUGUUAAAGAAGACACAUUAAGCCCCUUACUGUUUUUUUUUUUUGUCCGUUUAACAUGAUUUCCUGGUGUUAUGAUGAAACGUCUGCAUCAUGCUUUGGUCAAAGUACUUCAAACAUGUCUUCACCGUUGUGUUGAUAGCAUCCGUGUUGAGGGGGUGGAGUCGGCCGCUCCUCUCCCUCUCUCCUCCAAAGACCGGCUCUUUUCACAUCUGUCAUACAGCUUUUUGCUACCCCUUGUCAAGUUACAGCACAUGAUGUUAAACUAGUUAGAGAUGAAGGUGGGGUUCUGAUCUACACCUGCCACGUAACGGUAUCUUAUGAAUCCCAGUUAUUCGUUUUCGAACGCAG